AAAGCAGAAAAAGUAAAAGGAAUUAAAAAAACCAUAUUAUAUUGUUUAUUUGUUUUGUUUUGGUUUUUUAUUUUUUGGUUUUCUCCAUAGAGAUUGAAGAGGAAACGCGGAGAAGGCUCCUCGCCGCCUGUUGGACCAGACGGAGAAAGAAAGAAGAACAAAUCGCUUCGGAUUCAAACCCUAGCUUUCUCCGACAACUUCCGCGAUCGUCUUUGCGAGGCUAUCGUCCCCUGAUCACAAACCCUGUCGUUGAUCUGACGAAGGCAGCACGCAUUUCCAAGAUUUCUUCGCAGAUCCGCUUCCAUAAGUUUAAGGGAGCUUGAAAUUAGUCAGAAACAUUUGAUGGAUAAUGAUUGUACAAAUGGAUAAAAUGUCUGCUCCUUCAUCUAGGGAGCUUGCUCAACGUCUUUAUGACAAGAAUGUUGAGUUGGAGAAUAAGCGUCGGAAGUCGGCCCAGGCAAGAAUCCCCUCAGACCCCAAUGCCUGGCAACAGAUGCGUGAGAACUAUGAAGCAAUAAUUCUUGAGGAUCAUGCUUUUUCUGAGCAGCACAACAUUGAAUAUGCUUUAUGGCAGUUGCACUACAGACGAAUUGAGGAAUUUAGAGCACACUUUAGUGCUGCUCUGGCUUCUAUGAGCUCAACCACAUCUCAAAAUGCAAAAGGGCAAGCUCGACCAGAUCGAAUAACAAGAAUUCGUUUGCAGUUUAAAACCUUCCUUUCUGAAGCAACUGGAUUCUAUCAUGAUCUAAUUUUGAAGAUCAGAGCUAAGUAUGGGCUUCCCUUGGGUUAUUUCUCUGAGGAUUCUGGAAAUCAAAUGGUUAUGGAGAAAGAUGGAAAGAAAUCUGCUGAGAUGAAGAAUUUGAUAUCAUGUCACCGUAGUUUGAUAUACCUUGGCGACCUAGCACGCUACAAAGGACUGUAUGGGGAUGGUGACUCAAAAACACGUGACUAUGCUGCUGCUUCAAGUUACUACCUGCAAGCUGCCUCUCUUUGGCCAUCUAGUGGGAAUCCCCAUCACCAGCUUGCAAUAUUGGCUUCUUAUUCGGGCGAUGAACUGGUGUCUGUCUACCGGUAUUUUCGGAGUCUUGCUGUGGAUAGCCCAUUUUCAACUGCUAGGGAAAACUUGAUUGUGGCAUUUGAGAAGAACCGUCAGAAUUACGCUCAGAUGCAUGUGGAUGCUAAAGCUUCUGCACCUCGGGAGCCACGUGGGCGGAUCAAUGCCAAAGGAAGAGAGAAGGAGGAGGCAAAACUUCAAUCUAAAGAUAAUAACCUUGAAGUUGGUGCUCGGGGCACAGCAUCCAAUUCCCAUGAUACUUAUAAAGCCUUUUGCAUUCGAUUUGUUCGCCUAAAUGGUAUUCUUUUCACACGAACAAGCUUGGAAACAUUUGCUGAAGUUCUGGCUUCAGUCAGCAGUGCUUUGCAUGAGCUUCUUUCUUCUGGGCCAGAGGAGGAACUGAAUUUUGGUGGGGAUGCUUUGGAGAAUGGACUUGUGAUUGUAAGGCUUAUUUCUAUUCUUAUAUUCACUGUUCAUAAUGUGAAUAGGCAGGCAGAAGGGCAGACAUAUGCAGAAAUCUUGCAGCGCAAUGUUCUCCUUCAAAAUGCAUGUGCUGCAGUUUUUGAGUUCAUGGGACACAUAUCAAAGAGGUGUGCACAGCUGAAUGAUGCAUUAUCCAGUUACCUUCUCCCUGGCAUUCUUGUUUUUGUGGAAUGGUUGGCCUGCUGUCCCGAUGUUGCAGCUGGCAGUGACGUGGAUGAGAAACAGGCAGCUGUUAGAUCUGUUUUCUGGAAUCAUUUUAUAUCCCUCUUGAACAAGCUCGUGUCAAAUGGGAUGGUUUCUAUGGAUAAUGAUGAAGAUGAGACAUGCUUUUUCAACAUGAGUAGAUAUGAGGAAGGAGAAACAGAAAACCGGCUUGCUUUAUGGGAGGAUUUUGAGUUGAGAGGAUUCUUACCAAUUCUUCCUGCACAAAUGAUAUUGGAUUUUUCAAGGAAGCAUUCCCUUGCGAGUGAUGGAAACAAGGAGAAAAAAGCCCGUGUUAGAAGGGUUUUGGCAGCAGGGAAGGCCCUGGCAAACAUAGUUAGGGUUGGUCAAAAAACAAUAUACUUUGACCCAGGAGUGAAAAAAUUUAUUAUUGGUAUUGAGCCUCAAAAAUCAGAUGAUUUUGCAGUUGGCCCCUAUUUAGGCAUGCAUAAAUCAAAUGGUGUGAUUGAAGAAAUUCCAGCAGAAAAAACAAUAAAUCCAGGAGCUUUGCAGUCAAAGACACAGUUAUAUGUGGAAGGGGAAGAGGAGGAUGAGGUGAUUGUUUUCAAGCCAACAGUGGCCGAGAAGCAAACUGAUGUAAUUGAUCAAAACUGGCUUGCUUACAAUGGCCCAGAGACUCACAAGACUGCUUCUGCUAGUGAUCUGCAUCAAUUUUAUGGUGGUUCCAUUCCAGGUCCUCUUAGUGAUCUUCACCAGCAUGCUGCUUUAGGUUCAGGGGUGCAACCACCUGUACCUGUUGCCAAUAGUAGCAACCAGCAUCUGCCAUCAGUUCAAUCACGCGCUUCAACAUGGAUGGCAGAACAUGAAGACACUCUUUAUAAUGGUUUGAAAUGCUUGAGUGUUUCGGAAAACAUGCAUGCAAGGAAACCUGAGUUGCAAGAAGAUAUAGGCAUUUCACAUCCUGCUUCCUUUUCCGUUCCUAUUCAACAUCCUCUCAAUUUUAAUGCUAGUGGCAUUUCUUAUGGUCAGAUAGGACUCACAGAAGCUGGGAUUCCAUUCAAGGUUGAAUCUGCUGCAUCUUCUGGAGUCAAGGCUGACAGUUUCAUUGUAAAUACCUCGUCAGCUUUGCAACCAAGUUCAAGAAGAAGUCCAGUGAGCCGUCCGGUUAGGCAUUUCGGACCUCCACCAGGUUUCAGCCCUGUCCCGCCUAAACUAGUAAAUGAGCCUUUAUCUGGUUUGGAUCUGACAAGUGAGAGUCCACUAUUCGAUGAUUAUAGCUGGUUGGAUGGAUAUCAGUUGCCAUCGGCCAUGAAAAAUGCAGGACUCAACAAUUCCAAUCAAGUGUCAGAUGCAAAUCCUCAGUUUGCCAGCAAGAGCAGUGGUAUGAGUGGCACAGUUAGUUUUCCUUUCCCUGGAAAACAAAUUUCCACAAUGCAGUUUCAACCGGAAAAACAGAAAGGCUGGCAAGACUACAAGCCUCUUGAGUAUUUAAAACUGCAUCAUGAACAGCAGCUGCAGGAACCACAACUUACCAAAGGAAACCAGCAGUUUACCCCACUGUCGGAGCAAUAUCAGGGGCUGCCCAUGUGGACAGGUCAAUACUUUGUGUGAAAUCAUUAUGAGAGCAUAGAUGAUAGAUGGUCCUUGAGAAUGAUUGCGGUGAAUGUUCAGCCUCUUGUUGCUACCAUUUUCAAACUCCAACUUUGCUGCCUUGUCAAUAAUUUAAAUUGUUGGAGCAUGGGUGGUGUUGGCAUCCUGCAGGCACAUGCUACUACAGAAGUUGCACCAAGGCCUCCAGUCCAGAGCAGUGAAUGUCUUUUGUCUGGUUGUUCGAGGUUGGGGAUGUGCAUGUUAAUGAGGACUAUCCAUAAAGUCUCCGGGCCUAUGUCUCAAGAUCUUGGUGGAAUAAAGAUGGCGUACUUGCCAAGUCACUAUCCUAGUAGAACCGUGAUAACAGUGGCCAUCGGGUAUGUUCAUUUCAGUUGCUGUUGAGCGAAUAACAUGUAAAGCUUGCUACUCCCUGACCGAGAGCUGGAGGGUGGCAGAAGGGUAAGAGGUUGCUUUCGUAGGAGGUGGGUAUUGGAAGCUGCUACCGAUGGUUGGUAGGUAUGUACGUAGAAGAGCAGUGGAUAUGUGUCUUUAAAAAUGCUCGUUAUGAUGAUUGCCUUAUCAAAUUAGGACUUGUGAUAAUAAUAAAGGUAUAGCAAAAAAAGGUGUAAACUAAUCUGGAACAUAGACCAGUGCAUGUCUUGGUUUUAUAUGCUGUGUGGAGUAUGGGCGGAUGAACCCAUUUUGGAUGAAAUAAUGAUACGUAUUUGGAAACAGUAGUAAUAAUAGGGUUUGUUAUAAUAA